AGAACGGCGACGACCACGGUGACGGCUCCAGAGCCUCCGGGUUGGGGCGGCGGCGGCGGCGGCGGUUCGGCUCUCCCUGAGCCGCCUGCUAGCCCCACGCCCCACCCCACCCUCACGGGCGGGGGACGGGCCCGGCGCGGCCGGGUGGACCCGGGAGCGGAGUUGCAGGACCCAAGGAUUCCUUUUCCUCUUUCUCCGUAUUGCUUAAUGGGAGACAUUAUGGCCCCCAAAGACAUAAUGACAAAUACUCAUGCUAAAUCCAUCCUCAAUUCAAUGAAUUCCCUCAGGAAGAGCAAUACCCUCUGUGAUGUGACAUUGAGAGUGGAACAAAAAGACUUCCCUGCCCAUCGGAUUGUGCUGGCUGCCUGUAGUGAUUACUUCUGUGCCAUGUUCACUAGUGAGCUUUCAGAAAAGGGGAAACCUUACGUUGAUAUCCAAGGUUUGACUGCCUCUACCAUGGAAAUCCUGUUGGACUUUGUAUACACAGAAACAGUACAUGUGACAGUGGAGAAUGUACAAGAACUGCUCCCUGCAGCCUGUUUGCUUCAGCUGAAAGGUGUGAAGCAAGCCUGCUGUGAGUUCUUAGAAAGUCAGUUGGACCCUUCCAAUUGCCUGGGUAUCAGAGAUUUUGCUGAAACUCACAACUGUGUUGACCUGAUGCAAGCAGCUGAGGUCUUUAGCCAGAAGCAUUUUCCUGAAGUGGUACAGCAUGAAGAAUUCAUUCUUCUAAGUCAAGGAGAGGUGGAAAAGCUAAUCAAGUGUGAUGAAAUUCAGGUAGAUUCUGAAGAGCCAGUCUUUGAGGCUGUCAUCAACUGGGUGAAGCAUGCCAAAAAGGAGCGAGAAAAAUCCUUGCCUGACCUGCUACAGUAUGUCCGAAUGCCCCUGCUGACACCCAGGUACAUCACGGAUGUAAUAGAUGCUGAGCCUUUCAUCCGCUGUAGUUUGCAAUGCAGGGACCUGGUUGAUGAAGCAAAGAAGUUUCACCUGAGGCCUGAACUGCGGAGUCAGAUGCAGGGACCCAGGACAAGGGCUCGUCUAGGAGCCAAUGAAGUGCUUCUGGUAGUUGGGGGCUUUGGAAGUCAGCAGUCCCCCAUUGACGUGGUAGAGAAGUAUGACCCCAAAACUCAGGAGUGGAGCUUUUUGCCAAGCAUCACUCGAAAGAGACAUGUAGCGGUCAGUGCCCUACAUGACCGGAUCUACGUAAUUGGUGGGUAUGAUGGCCGUCUCCGCUCAGUUUCAGUGGAAUGUCUAGGAUAUGCGGCAGAUGAGGAUGGGGUCUGGUACUGUGGCCCCUAUGAAUGCCGAAGAGGCCUUGGGAGCUACCACCUAGGAGAUAUGAUCUAUGUAUCUGGAGGCUUUGAUGGAAGCAGGCGUCAUACCAGUAUGGAACGAUAUGAUCCAAACAUUGCAUGGAGCAUGCUGGGGAUAGCAGACAGCCCGGGAAGGGCUGGACUUGUGGUGGCCAGUGGAGUGAUCUACUGUCUUGGAGGAUAUGAUGGCUUAAAUAUUUUAAAUCAGUUGAGAAGUAUGACACAUACAGGACACUGGACUAAUGUUACACCAAGGCACCAAGCGCUCUGGAGGCCCUCUGAUGACCCAUAUUUAUUUGUGGUGGGAGGAUUUGAUGGUACAGCCCACCUUUCUUCUGUUGAAGCAUAUAAACAUUCGCACAGAUUCCGGACAACUGUCACUAGUAUGAACCCACGAUGCUAUGUAGGGGCACGUGCUUCGGGGGAGACUCUAGCAAUUGCAGGAUAUGAUGGGAAUUCUCUGCUGAGUAGCAUUGAAUGCUAUGACCCUAUCAUCGACAGCUGGGAAGUAGUGACAUCCAUGGGAACCCAGCGCUGUGAUGCCGGCGUGUGUGUUCUCCGAGAGAAGUGACUGCUGAUAGAUCGCCAUCCAGGGCUAGUGACUAGUUCAAGGGACAGUUUGGGGGAGAAUCAAGGAUCCUUUCCAGAAUGUCUAUUUCUUACUGUGUGCACAGGGUGAUUACAAGCACCGGUGCAAUGUUGAUUGUACUUUUUUGAGACAUUCUCCUGCUUGCGCUGAUAGUUGGCCCUUAGAAGGGUGGGCAACAGACACUCAAGGAAACAGAAUGCACAUUGAAUGGGUGUGAGACUAUGAUCAUCCCUCCUCAAUGGGGAGCACUUUGUCCUGUCAUUUCUAACUUACCAUGUCCUUAGGAGUGUGUAUAUAUAUAUAUAUAUAUAUGGCCUCAUAUAUUGCAGAGAACAAAGGUGAGUAUGGCCUACUAAAUGUGUGCAGUAUUCAGCCUAGAUGAUUGGAAGGAUAGCAACUUGAAUAAGCUUGGAAAAACCCAAGUCUUUUUUCCAGGAACAAAUAUCUUUUCUAGUCUAUAGGUAGCUAGGGACAAUACACUUUCAUUCUGAAGGGAAAAAGGGGAAAAGCCCUAUCAGAACCUUGGAGAUCAUUGGCGAUAAAUUCAUCUGACACUUGCUUACGGGGACUGGGUUGGUAAAUCAGAACAGAGGGUAGAGAGAGUAAAUUAAACUGAACUCCUUGGAAUGUGAGUGAACCUAGAAACCACUGAAGUAUAACCUGGAAGGUUGAGAAGGUGGUGCAUCUUGGCACUGGAAACUGUCCAAGAGAAUAACAGAGUAAACAAAUGUUGGGAAGAGAGAAAAUGACAAAAACGUUGGGGGUUCAGUAUGCCUGGAGAUAAACUGGAAGUAUCUGUGAUUUUACAAUCGUCUUACUCCCUGCCAGUCCUCAUUUGCCAUGGCAAGGUUUGCCUUGAAUGGCUGAGAAACUGUCUUUCUUUGUUGAAUCAGAUACUGCUACACUAUUACACUUCCACAUUAUUUAUUUUAGGAUGGGGUGGGGUAGUAGCAGCCCAGUAGUUCAGCUACCUGAUUACUGCCCCUUUCUCUUAAGGGCACACUUCUGCUAAGGAGUGGUUUUUACUGCUGUGUUUGGUACAUUUGGUCCUUUUCCUCCUCCAAGUUUCCCUUACCUGUCCUUCCAGUGGAUUUUAUUCUUCCCAGUAGAGACCAAUCAAAGACAACCAAAACUCUUUUAUUAAUUCCAGUACUUCUGCUAUCACUGUUUUAGAGCUAUCAUCCAAGGUUUCUCUGUGUUAUGGAGUGAAAUUCUUGCUUUAUGGGUAUUGGGAGUGUAGGAACAUGAAAAUCUAAACAAGAUUGCACUUUCCAUUUGCUCUGAAAUACCAUUUUUCCCCUUUCCCUGAGUUGUAUUGAUGUACAGAGUUAAUUUCCUUUGUAUUUUUUUAAGAAAAUAUUAAAAAUCACCUGUCUCAAA